GAAGCCGCUUAUAUAACAGCACUUCCCUCAGGCCGCUAAUCAGUUGAUCGACAGCCGCCGGGGAGUGAAUCCUACGUGACCCGCCUUCGCCCUCGCUCGACACACGGACACCGCGACACAAGAAGGAUAUGGUAAAAGGCGUUCGAUUCUUUCGUAAGUUGUUCCUUCUACUUCCACUCUGGCUCCUGUUUGCCCUCCGCGUGGACGCCGCCGCUGCCCCCAGGACCUCCAGACAAGCCAACCGAUGUCUUCCUGGAUCAAAAUGCACUAUCCUGACGUCCUGCCCUGACCUGCUCUCCGUCUUGGAGAACCCUACGCCUUCAGGAAUUAAAAAACUACAGCAGUCAACAUGCGGCUUCGCUGAGAGGAUACCCAAGGUAUGCUGUAGAAACCCCACCCCUGGAUCCCCCCACCCCUUAACCCCCGCCAACAAGCCACCUUCACCCACCUCCCCUCCGUCAACGAAGCCCCAGACCACGCCCCCCGCCCCGGCGGUCACCACGCCCCCUGCCCUGGAAGUCACCACGCCCCCUGCCCUGGAAAUCAUUACAACGAGCCGACCUCCCGUCCUUUUUCCUGGCCGGGCGCUGCCUGCUGAAAAGGAGAAGGAGGACCUACUUCCCGAACACUGUGGGUACUCACCCCUGGGACUCAGAAUCUCAGGGGGAAAGAAGGCUCGAUUCGGUGCCUUUCCCUGGAUGGCAGUGCUGGGGUUCGAUGCUCCCGGUAGCGACCCAAAAGGCGACGUGAAGUGGGGUUGUGGCGGAUCGCUUAUUAACAAACGCUACGUCCUCACGGCUGCCCACUGCACGAUGCCCAGUUAUAACGAAAACCACUCCCUGAGCAAAGUGCGGCUCGGAGAUCAUGACCUGAGAGCGGAAAAGGACUGCAGGAGAGCGGGAGGUGGGGGAGAAAUGUGCACACUCCCCCCACAGACAUUCGGCAUUGAGAAAAUAGUGGUUCAUCCCACUUUCAACCAAAGAGCACCUGAGAGUGAUGAUAUUGCGUUGCUGAGGCUGGAUAGAGACGUGGAUUUUGAUACCCCUUUCGUGCAGCCUAUAUGUCUCCCGACCGAGGACACGGACCCGGAGAAGUUCGUGGGAGGUCGCGGGGCCAUCAUAGCAGGCUGGGGCGUCACCAAGUCGGGUUAUAGCCUUGGCAGGCUUCUCACGGCCACCGUUCCUCACGUUCCUCUGAAAGUGUGCAGGAAGAACUACCGCAAUGUGCUGUUGAAGGAGCAGGUGUGCUUCGGAGGGGUUGGCUUCAAAGACUCCUGCAGCGGGGACUCCGGAGGGCCUCUCUUCCAGGCCAAGUACCCGGGGGCGCCGCACGUGCAGCUUGGCAUCAUCUCCUACGGCUACAAGAACUGCGGGACAGAAGGCGUAGCUUCAAUUUACACCAACGUAGCAUCGUACAGGCAAUGGAUCUUGCAGAAUCUGAAACCUUAAACUCCCUCAGGAUCUCAUCCAAGUCCUUAUAUGGAAUUGGAUUCAAUACAACAAGGUUUUGGGAAAGAAAUGCCUUAAUAUAUUUUUCUUUCCUAUAUUCUAUUGCAUUAACUAAUGUGCUUCUGUUGAAGUAUAUAUUGCUUUUAUAAAUGACAUAUAACA